AUGAAUGGCAGUUCCUCCACAGAAUCCUUGGAUACGACGCCUCUGGCAUUCCUGGAUCAAGGGAUUCUGCGUCGUAACAACCUCAUCGCAAAGGCAGGCUCCGAUGAUAGUGAUGCGCGCCUGGUUGAUUUUUACUACGCUUUUUUCCACGAAUCCCAUCCAAUUCUCCCCCCUGCCCACUUACUACAUUUCAUUUCCCCGUUCCCAUUAUGUUUGAAGAUGGCCAUGAAAUUUGUUGGUGCCCAUUUCGCUUUUGGGGUGUCUACCGAUGCCUAUAAACUCUCCACGGCCAAAGCCAUUGAAAAUGAUCGGGAGCCGUCUUACCAGAAGGUCCAAGCUAUCCUCCUAUUUGCAACGGUUCUACACGCGCGGAAUGAUCGCGAAGAGGCCAUUGCUUCAUUCGCUGUUGCAGUCACAUUAGCUAUUGAACUGGGCAUGCACCGUAAAUCCAUGGUCGAAGUUCUUGCUGGUCAUAAUUUUGUUCGUGAGGAGAGUCUGAGACGGACUUGGUGGGAAAUUUACAUGACUGAUGUCAUGUUCGGAGCAUUUGAUCACUGUCCCUUGAAGAUUGGAAACUUGACAAUGGAUGUACAGCUUCCCAGCGAGGAGGCUAGUUAUAGUACAGGAAUCAGCCUCGUUGAGCCACCGUCAACUACCCAGUUCUAUAACCGUGUAUUCGCCGACCACCCACCCAAAUACUCAUCCUUCUGCUACGCAGUCGAAGCAACUCACCUUUUGAAGCGGGGAAUAGCUCUCGGCGUCACACUCGACGACGAAAACACGCGUGACCAGGUGGAAAUUCUCGAGGCUAAUAUCGGUAGUUGGUUCCGCCAUGCCCCAGAGGAUAGGCCCAACGCCCUAUGCAUUGACGGCAGCGUCGACCAGGUCUUGUUCCGCGCUUAUAUGUUGGUUCACUGUGCCUCGAUAUAUCUCCACCUGCCACGAUCCUGCCUGAUGGCCUCGCCCACCGCUAACGCCACCAUCGCCUGUGCCCGCAGGGGAACCUAUCUCCCUCCCACUUCCCAUACACUGACGCACGCCUCCAAAGCGCUCGAGGCUGGGAAUGGGAUCGUCGCCCUGGGUUCAAUCCGCAGCCCUCUCCUCAAGCACACGCCCUUUUUUAUCUGCGGCCUUGUCCUUGGCGCAGUCGUUGAACUGUGCGCCUGCUCCAUCAAUGUCGGGCACUCGAUCGAGCCCCGCAGGGACCGCAUCGCAUUGAUCGUUGGAGAGCUGAAGCACUUGAUCGCACCGAGUUUGGAGGACCCAGGGCCGGACGUCAACAUAUUGCUGAAUAGUGACAUGUGGCUAGGGGAUAUUACCAUGGAUCCGAAUAUGUAG